AUGGAGGAGGGCAUGAGCAGCACGCAACAGAAGGCGGCCGAGCUGGAGCACACGGCCGAGGUGCUGCUCACCGGCGAGCAGCUGCGGCUCAGACUGCACGAAGAAAAGGUCAUUAAGGAUCGAAGGCACCACCUCAAGACAUAUCCCAACUGCUUCGUUGCCAAAGAGCUGAUUGACUGGCUGAUUGACCAUAAAGAGGCCUCCGACCGAGAGACGGCAAUUAAACUUGUGCAGAAAUUAUUGGAYCACAGCAUUAUCCAUCAUGCUCAAAAGCUGAUGAGUUCUGAAAACACUCUUCUGCAAGCCAGGGAGGAGGAAGGAGUCAAGUACGAACGGACCUUCGUUGCGUCGGAGUUCAUYGACUGGCUCAUCCAAGAAGGAGAGGCCACGACGAGGACGGAGGCGGAGCAGCUGGGCCGCAGGCUCCUGGAGCACGGCAUCAUCCAGCACGUGUCCAACAAGCACCAUUUUAUGGACAGCAACUUGCUCUACCAGUGCAGAAUGAAUUUCCGGCGGCGGCGGCGAUUAAUGGAGCUGCUCACGGAGAAAUCGCGCUUGGGGCCAGAGAGCCAUGACAGCCCCUUUUGCCUCCGCAAGCAGAACCAUGACAACAGAAAACACACCAGUUUUCUCUCAGUGAGUCCCACCAAGGAGAUAAAGAUCGUGUCGGCAGUGAGGAGGAGCAGCAUGAGCAGCUGCGGCAGCAGCGGCUACUUCAGCAGCAGCCCAACGCUCAGCAGCAGCCCCCCAGUUCUSUGCAACCCCAAGUCCGUAUUAAAGAGACCAGUGACUGCUGAUGAGCUCCUGAUGCCUGGAGCCCCGUAUGUGAGAAAAACUUUCACAAUCGUCGGCGACGCCGUGGGCUGGGGCUUCGUGGUGCGGGGCAGCAAGCCCUGCCACAUCCAGGCCGUGGACCCGAGCGGACCUGCCGCCGCCGCGGGCAUGAAGGUUUGCCAAUUUGUCGUUUCGGUCAAUGGCCUCAACGUUCUCCACGUGGAUUACAGGACAGUGAGCAACCUCAUCCUCACCGGCCCUCGAACUAUAGUGAUGGAAGUGAUGGAAGAAAUAGAGUCCUGAAAAGAAAAGUCUCUCGCUGGAYGUUUUUACGAGAGAAGUAGCAAAGCACAUGAAGCAGCAUGACACAAGGAGGCAAAACUUUGCUGUGGCUAAAUACUUAUUUUGCUUUUGGGGAGGGGGAUUCUCUUUCAAUUAACUCUAAUAACACUGGUUAUUAUGCUACAAAGUGAACGAYAGAUACCAGCAUAUUUUCACUUAGGACUUUUCUUUGCCUGCUGGAGAGGAGGUUGAGGCCUUUGGAGUGUCUGUCCAACCCAACCUGCUCUGGUCCCAAGCUUCUCCAAAGAGCUGGGCAUCGUUUCAGCCACUGAAUGAAGCRCUUCAGGAGAUGACAGAAGCGAAGGCGCUGGCCCGAGGGGAUCCUGCAAAGGGUUUGCAUGGCACGUGGACAUGGGUGAACAUCCUCCGGGUACUUUUUGGGCACACAGGGAUGUCCCAGGCACGUGUGGGGCAGUCGCUUUCUCCCUGUGCAAAGGCAAUUUGACUGGAUGCCGGCGGCAUCGCGUGCCAACACAAACGACCUGUGAAUGCCUCUACAUGGAAAACGUGCUCAUUUGCUGUAGAAGAUACUCUGCUAUGAGUGAUUGGGCUUGAUAGAAUACAGAGAUUAUUC